GCACGAGAGGAGCUUUGGAGUACUGGAGUCUGGAGUAAUGGCGAUUUUGGUCUGGGAUUUUGCAUGCGAUUUUGUCUAGGUUUCUUUCAACGCUGUCAUUCAUCCUCUCAGAUGUGGUGCUUCAGCAGAGACGUGCGCCGCCGCUCUUAUCUUCGGCCGGAGUCUGCAGCGUGUACCCAAUCCGGCCAAUCGGAGAACGAGAAGAAGUAGAAGAAGGGGUUGGAUUCUCCGAUUCAGGAAGAAGACAUGUGUCCAUGGCGACGAGGGUGGUAAGAUGGAUGGUCACAGGUUCAGGCGAGGACAGUGUAGGGUCGAUUUGUACUUUUGGUCAUCUUUACAGGUAUUCUCUACAAUUUUAAAACUUAAUUUGUAGAGUUGGGAGAGAAAUUUUCACCCAACAUUACAGAAAUUAUUCGCACAUAGGUCCAGGAAGUUUGCAGUGUGUUUUUUGCUUUUUCUACUUCGUUUUAGUUAUAUUGUGUUAUUGUACACCUUCAAGGUCCCAGGCAUUUCCGGUCUCUUUUCAGUUUGCAGGGGCAAAGAAGAGUCACCACCUGUUCGAUGAAAUGUCUUAGUGAGUUCUGUGAACAAAACUCCAAGUUAGGCUAAACAAAAACCACCGUAGUCCGUUAUGCUCCCCAUCUGUUUACCGUAUGACAUUUCCAUCCAUUUUUAAACAUUACCUUUGACAAUCUAACUGACAACAAUGCUUAUUCAACAUUUCAUAUCGUUUGAAAACUCCUGACUACCACACAGCUUUUUGGAAAUCUAAUUUCUCUUAUGGCACCUUCUCUGGGACAUGGCAUGCCUGUGUACCCUGCUGGUCUGGUCUUGGUCAGUUAGUUUUUUACGGAAUGUUUUUUAUUUAACUUGCAUUAAAUUAUCUUCAUAUUUGUGCAGUUCCAAUUUCAUAGGCAUGCUCCCAACUUUGUUGAGUUACAAACGUCUACUUUACUGCAAGUGUCAAUAAUGUUUUGUGUAAUUCCAUCACUCUUAUGUUGUUGUAGCGUUCCCACUCAAAUAUAAUGGGUCGGGUCACUGUCAAAUGGGUUGGGUAAAAACAAGGGCACAAGAUGACAGCCGGGUAAGGGGUCCUGCUCUGGAAGUCUAUAUUAGCACGGCUAUAGGGUGAUUUUUGCAGCAGAAAGUAUAUUAAUUUAAUUGAUUUACUGUACAAAAUAUCUUGAGAGUGUCUCCCAGCCAUAUACCCCAUUUUCCUGCCAGCGUACCAGGCAAGCUUCUUCCAUUAUGUGCUCAAUAUGAUUCUAGGUAGGUGAGGGACAUAGGAUUAUGCAAUCCUUUCUCAUUUAGUCAAAUUUCAUACACUUAAUUAAGAGAAGCCGCCGACCUCAACUGGCAAACUCAAUCGACACCCUCUCCUCUCUCUCGCGGCCAAUUAAGUUGAAUACGAUGUUUGGCUGCAAGAUAUGCAUAUCUUUCAUGGAAAUUUUUCAUAGCCUUAGUAGCAUCAGGUUCUCACCUUCAGGGAAACCGAAUAACAGAUUAAACCGGGCUUGGGAUUGACGGCAGUUAAACUUUGGAGACAAUAGGAGCGAUGAGCAGAUUCAAUGAAGAUUUAUAACCCUUGGCCUGCAGAAGGUGGAAGGCCACCAUGGUGAGGAUGGUGGUGGGCUUGGCUAGGUUUUUAACCCUUGCCUCGACAAAGGGAUUCUGACAACAACUACAGGGGAGGUUGAAACAUCUAGGCAAAGUAUUUUCAUUCAAACAGCGAAUAGACUAAGGGCGGAGGAUAGCUCUGAGGGAGUGACAGCAGCUCAUCUUUAGAGUUCUUCCUUAUCCAUCCAUCAUCUAUCAAUGAGAUGAGAAUUUCAGUAUUUGUUUCAAAACCGACUUGCCAUGGAGAACUUUACAAAUCUACCGUGCAGAAACACUCAUUCUCCAGGAAGCAUGGUUUGUAUAAAUUUCUUCAAUUGCUUCCACAAUUUAAGGGUAUUGAAACUUGAAAGAUUUGAGAGAUAUAUAAAUGGUUUUGCAUCAUAUUAUAAAGUUAGUAUUGGAACUUUAUGUCAUCCAAUCUACCAGAGAGAAGUUUGGCGUCUUCAUAUCAAGUAUAGGUCAGAUCUAGCUCCUUAGCUUCUUUUCCUCGAAUUUCGCCGCAUCACUUCUCAUCUUAUAUGGAAUUUGAUAAAUUCCUUCCAUUGAUAGUUCAAUUAUCCCCUGUAUUUUGCUCUGUGUGAUUGUGAAUGUAUCAAACUGCAUUUUUUUAUGCAUUUCAUAUGCUUAACAAAUCAUACUGCAAUUUUAAUAUAUCAAACUGCAACUUUAACUCUCUUUUAUAGAUGUUGAUUUGGAAUUGGAGUUGAAGGAGACUAUCCUUCACUGCAUUUAUUCCUGGGUUUGGCUUUGGCUUUUUUUUGUGUAUUUCUUUAUUUCUCAUUUUCUUUUAUUUCCUUUAUUUGUAAAAUAUAAUUUUAAGUCUUUUGAUAUUUUGGGUUUCUAGAUUUAAAACAUUACUUCUUGCGAAGGUGGAUUGCAUCAAUGGCCAGGAUGGUGGUGGAUUGGACAAUUAUGGAAAAAGUACAGAUGGAGUCGGAGGUAACUUUCUUUGAAUUGUGAUACCCUCUUUUGCACUGCUUCAUAUCCAAAUUUCUUAGCUUCCAGAUUAUUGCUGCUGCAUAAAAACAAAAUCUAGCAAAAAAACAGGUUUGAAUACUUCUCUAUAUUUUUUUUAACUGCAAUCUGUCUUUUUUAUAUUAGCUUAUUUUAGGUUUAUCAAUAAUAUUACUAUUAAAAAUAGUAUCCUUGAGUUAUAAAAGUUCAAAGUCUAGCAACUGUGGAUUGGAUGAUUGUUAAGAUAUGCCCAGAUUGAUAUUUCACAUGCAAGUAUUUGUAUUUUUUUCAUUAUUUCUUGCGGUAUGAAGUUAACAUUACGUUUGAAUCACUUUGAAUGAGGUUGUCAGAUAAAUUUCCUUUUUAUGUUGCUUCGAACUAUAUGAUUUAGACAAGAGUGGGAGAAAGACACUACUCAAAGGCUCAUUUGUUUUUGGAUCAGACAAGUAGACAACUAUGAAGUAAACUAGAAACUAUAUAUGCUCCCUAUGUUUCAAAAUAAGUUGCUAUGAAAAGCCAUGUAAUCUUUAAUGUCAAAACACAAGUUAUGAUCGAGUGAUGGCACCACAUGUUAGGCUGGGGGCUGGGUGGCCGUGUUGGCUGUGGUUUCGGAGUUAAAGGAGAUCGAUUGAUGGUGAUAUGAUCAUUAAAGUCGUUUUUGAAUAGGCAGCAUGUCUCUUGAACUAUAUGAACAUUUUUAUUUCAUAAGCAUUUGUCUUCCUAUUUAGAGAUAAUAAUUGUUUGAUUCUUGCUUUUAAUGGGCUGAAUACUCUAUUGGCAAUUGGGUUUAUCAGACAGGGCACUCAAUUGACUGCUAUGGUAUGCCUAGAACCUGUACCAGUUUAAGUGUUCUUAACUCAUCAUUUUUUUGGGAGUAAAUGUGCAAUGGUUACAAUUAGUCUUAUCAUAAUACGGAGUACAUGUGUACUCAAGCAUCGAGUGGGAUCAAAACAACCAGGCAGAAGGCAGACCAACACCUCUUCCGCUCUCCUUGAAGGAUAUAUGUAAUAUUGUAAUAUUUCAGAAAAAAAGUUUUACUCUAUUU